AUGGAACAAUUUGAACCGAUUAUUCUUCAACCAGUGGAUGUACCUGUAGCAACAGGUUCCGGUGAACCAAUGGCAUGGAUUACUCGACUUCAAGAUAAAGAAUUUUAUUUCAAAUGUUUAUGGUCAAGCUGUUUUAUGGUAUACGAUACUUUAAAUGAUUUACUACAACAUAUACGAUCUCAUAUAGAACAGUUAACAGUUCAAAAUCAGAAUGAUGGUAGUAUUAUUGUAUGUCCGAUAAGUGGAUGCAGUAAGAUACUUGCUACAGAACAUCAUUUAUAUCGUCAUCUUUACAUGCACAAUUAUCAUAUUCGACGACAAUGGACUGGUUUAAAUGUUAUUUUCAGUCGAGAUGAUGUGGCAAACAUCCCACAUUGUGGUUUUCGUACAUCUAUGGAGCUAAUAUAUGAUGGUUCAGCGAUGGCAUGUGGAUGGGUUAACUGUAGCACUCUUUGGGAUGAUAUCGAUUUAUAUUGCAAUCAUGUUGAUGAUCAUGUCGAUUCUCUUGAUGUUAUGGAUCGUGAUCAACGAUGCCAAUUAAAUUGCGGUUGGCAAGGUUGUAAAAUGCAUUUCAAGAACAAAGCCAAUCUUCGGGUACACUGUCGGCACCAUUCGGGUGACAAGACGGCAGCUUGUCCAUACUGUGGCGUUUUCUUUGCUAAUAACUCAAAAUUGAUUGAUCAUAUGCUUCGUAAAAAUCAGAUUGGACCAGAAAUGCUAGAAAACGGAGAGCUUCGAACCAUUUAUUCCUGUCAUUUAUGUCAAAAACAAUUUGGUACUCAACGUUUGUUACGUGAACAUUGUCGCCGUCACGUUAUGAAUCAUAAGUGUAAAUAUUGUACAGUGACCGUUGACAGUCCAUCAGCACUGAAAAGGCAUGUCGCUGCUGUUCAUGCCAAAUGUCGGCUUUAUACUUGUUGCUAUUGUGGCCACAGUUUUUCGCAAAAAGCAGAUGUUGACCGGCAUAUGGUAGUUCACUCUAAUGAACUUACGCAUAAAUGUGGACAUUGUGGGGAGCAAUUUCGUUGGAAAAAACAAUUAACAGCACAUAUCCGAAAGCAUGACAAGGUUUAUAUACCGUAUACUCAUUUGUGCCACCUAUGUGAUGCGAAAUAUGCAAAUGGUUUUGGUUUAAGCCGACAUUUAAUGCGAAAGCAUAAAUGCUCGAUACCACGUGGAUUUACACGAUUUCAAUAUAAAAAGUGUAAAGAUGGUUAUGCUCGACUGCAGACAAAACGUUGUUUAAGUAGAAGUUUGGCUAUUGACUUAGGUUGCUGUGUUAAUGAGACAAAAGAGAAAGCAUAA